AUGAUUGGCUCGGAGGGCCUCAACCAAGGUACUGUGUCCUGUACUACAGAUACAGUUUUGGAUGAUGGGUAUCCCUCUGAUGAUAUUCCUGCCAUAGAGCUUCCAGCGGUUGAGGCUCCGCGGCGCGCAGUCCGUACCAACGGUUUCACAUUUAUUACUCAGAUGAUUGGUGGUUCACUUCUGUCUAUUCCAUAUGUCUCUGUCCGUCUAGGCCUGGUUUUGUCGACAAUUGUAAUAACCCUUGUCCUUAUCAUUGCACUUGUCUUGAUGCUCCAGGUUGUCAAUGCCUGCUACUAUACCAAUGCGCAAACCUUCAAGCAAGUGACGCGGAAGGUCCUUGGACCUCGGCUUGCAGUAUGUAUUGAUGCAGCUCUGAUUUUGAACAACUAUGGCUUCUUAGUCUCUUACAUUAUCAUCUCUGCGCAAAGCUUUCAUACACUCCUAACAACAUUCUUUCCAUCUUCUUUAGAAGGCCUUUCAUUUGAUCCUUAUUUGGUACUGAAGGCAGGACUUACCUUUGGGGUCAUGUUUCCUCUUUCACUAUUAAGAAAUGUCAAAGUCCUAGGGACAAUAGCAUCUGCUGGGCUAGGGCUCAUUAUACUAACAGUCUUCUCUGUUAUUUUGUACUACAUUGCUUCGUUUUUGCGACAUGGCCAAAUCUGCCUAUUUCAGAAUAUUGAGUAUGUACCAGGAGUACGUCCACAGCCGCCACUAUGGCCUAGGGAACAGCUGGUGGGGUCAGCACACAUCUCUGCACCGGUUAUGGGAGCCAUCUUUGGCAUAUCUUACAUUCCUAUGCUGAUGGGGAGCUUCAGCAUUCAUGCGGGCGCUCCACCAAUCCUCUACGAACUUCAUGGGUCCAAUGAUCAGCGGCUACGCUCUAUCCGCAGAUCCAUUUAUUACGCCUACGCUUUCUGCUUUUUAAUGUACAUGUUGAUGGGCUGCUUUGGCGCUCUACUCUACGGACACGACGUCUCCACCAACAUCCUCUACUCGUUUAAGGUUUGCGGAAAGGAUAUUUAUUUGACUAUUGUCGGGAUUGCAUACGGCCUUAUGGUCUGCAUUGCGUAUCCUCUCAUUCAAUACCCCCUCAAAGUCUCCCUUAUCGCAUAUUGCCAGCUGAAUCCAAAACGCAAGUUCUUGAAUUACCUGGCUUAUGCUGGCUUUUCUGUUGCAUUUGCACUUUUAGCAUUUGCUCUGGCUGCACUCUACGAUAAUAUAGCCUCCAUAUUUGGGCUUUUCGGAUCUAUAUGCGGGGUCCUCAUAUACUUUGUUGUUCCUAUCCUUUUGUGGCACAAGCUCCCCAAGCUUAAGGCUCGGUCUCCGAUUAUUGACCGACUAAACAUCCUGUUACAACCGCAAACAGACGUUGACGACAUUCGAGAUGUGACCACAACGGCCUUCCUUGGGGUGCAACACUGUGAGGUAGCCCCGCCUCAACAAAAGGCUGGGUCCCGAAGUCGAGCCCCGAGCUUUGUACAUACUGCGGGACUUCAUGCCUCAUCAUCAAGCUAUCAUCGGCACAAAGAGUACUCGCUCCACUUUGUCUCUGCUACGCAUCAACAGACGUCCUGUGACGGAACCACCGAGGAGAGUGACACUGUCCCACUCCUGGCGCCGGUAUCUGUGCUGAAGCGCAACGAGCUGCUUCAACCAAUUGAGUGCAUGGCACCUAUAGAUGAUCAAGUAGAACUGGAGCUGUCCAAGCAGACGGAAGAGACCCGCCAACGUCUGCUAAUGAAGAUGACCCCCUUUCGGCGAGGCAUCUUCUAUUCUAUUUUGAUUGUCGCUAUCGGGAUAUGCACAGAGUCCCUGGUCAUCAAUAUCCUAGACUUUGCCUCAGUACUCUAG